CUUUCCCCCAUGUGGCUCGAGCUGAAGUGAGGAGCUUUUCUCGUUUAUUUCACGUUGAUUAACGUUUCUGUCUCCAUACAUUCUCCGAACAAAAUGCUCAUCGGCAAGGAGGUUCCGUGGCGGCGCUUGGAAAGUAUCGCGUUUAACGUUUAUUCCGCGGAAGACAUCAGGAAACUGAGUGUAAAGGCAAUCACUAAUCCUUAUUUCCUGGAUAAUGUGGGCAACCCAGCAGUGAAUGGUCUUUAUGAUCUGGCAUUGGGUCCGGCUGAUUCUAAGGAAGUAUGUGGUACCUGCGCGCAAGAUUACAAUAAUUGCCCUGGACACAUUGGGCAUAUAGACCUCCCACUAACUGUCUAUAAUCCUCUAUUUUUUGAUAAACUGUAUCUGUUGAUAAGAGGCUCGUGUUUGAAUUGCCAUUUACUGACGUGCCCCCGUUCAAUGAUGUACCUGCUGCUGAAUCAGCUGCAAGUUAUAGAUGUUGGAGCUAUUGAAGCUGUUUAUGAGUUGGAGAAAGUACUGAAUAAGGUGCUGGAGGAAAAUUCAAAUGCCACUGUUGAUGAAAUCCAGACUGCACUGAAUGAACAUACUUUAAUUAUUCUGAACAAUCAAAUGAACAACAAGGUUUCCCAGGUGAAAAAUGUGAGUGACUGCAAGGAUAAAUUGAUAGGAGACUUCUGGAAAAAUCAAAUGAAAUCAAGAAAGUGCCCGAACUGCCACGCUGGUAAAUCAGUUGUGCGGAAAGAACACAACAGCAAACUAAUUGUGACAUACCCCACAACUGCUCUGAAAGUCAAAGAGAAUAAAGACACAGACGAGGCUGUUAAAGACAGUGGAGGUCUUGAUGAUUCGCUGUUAGGAAAACGAGGAUUUCUGACUCCCACUACUGCCAAAGAUCACGUGUUGGAACUGUGGAAAAAUGAUGGCUUCUUCCUGAAAUAUUUAUUUCCUGGCUUGAGAAUACAUGGGAGUGCUAAGUCCAGCUGGAACCUUGAUAUGUUUUUUCUGGACGUUGUUGUUGUGCCUCCUUCCAGAUUUCGCCCGGUCAAUCGGCUUGGAGACCAGAUGUUCACCAAUGGUCAAACGGUUAAUCUACAAGCUGUAAUGAAAGAUGUUCAAGUGAUACACAAGCUUCUGGCUCUAAUGGCACAAGAGCAAGUCAAGACAGUACAGUCCGUUCACACUGAGAAGAUAUCAGAAAUACCUGUUCCAGACGAGAACACACCAACCAGGAUGGACCUUGCCUUUUUAGCUGGUAUUCCUGGGCAGACGUUGACAGACAAACUUUACAGUGCCUGGAUACACCUUCAAAGUCAUGUCAACAUUGUUUUUGACAGUGAUAUGGACAAGCUGAUUACAGACAAGUUUCCAGGUAUCCGUCAGAUCCUGGAGAAGAAGGAUGGCCUCUUCCGCAAACACAUGAUGGGAAAACGUGUGGAUUAUGCAGCCCGUUCCGUCAUCUGCCCUGACAUGUACAUCAAUACCAAUGAGAUUGGCAUUCCAAUGGUUUUUGCUACAAAGCUGACCUAUCCUCAGCCAGUGACACCAUGGAAUGUGCAAGAGCUGAGGCAGGCAGUAUUAAAUGGGCCGAAUGCACAUCCUGGGGCUUCUAUGGUAAUCAAUGAAGAUGGGUCUCGUACUAUUCUGAGUGCAUCCAACCCAACCCAGAGAGAAGCCAUUGCCAAACAACUGUUAACACCAAGCACCGGUGAACAGAGCUUAGGCAUGAAAAUUGUUUGCCGGCAUAUUAAAAACGGAGAUGUUCUGUUGCUGAACCGUCAACCCACUUUGCACAGGCCAUCCAUCCAAGCCCAUCGGGCCCGUAUCCUACCGGGAGAGAAGGUCCUGCGGCUUCAUUAUGCAAACUGUAAAGCCUACAAUGCUGACUUUGAUGGUGAUGAAAUGAAUGCACACUUUCCGCAGAAUGAACUUGGCCGAGCAGAAGCUUACGUAAUUGCCAGUACCGACGAACAGUAUUUGGUUCCCAAGGAUGGGAAACCUUUGGCAGGUUUAAUCCAGGAUCACAUGGUUUCUGGCACCAGUAUGACAAUUCGUGGCUGUUUCUUCACCCGGGAACAGUACAUGGAGCUUGUUUACCGAGGCCUUACGGAUAAAAAGGGCCGGGUGAAGAUUCUUCAACCCGCGGUGUUUAAACCAUUUCCUCUCUGGACAGGAAAGCAGGUUGUUUCUACGUUGCUGAUUAAUAUAACUCCCAAGGAUCAAAUACCAUUGAACUUAAUAGGGAAAUCUAAAAUCAGUGGCAAGGCUUGGGUUAGAGAAGCUCAACGCACGGUGGCAAAUUUUGAUCUGGAAUGGAUGUCCGAGUCCAAGGUUGUCAUUCUGGAAGGAGAGUUGCUGUGUGGUGUUCUGGACAAGGCGCAUUAUGGAAGCUCAGCCUAUGGCUUGGUCCACUGCUGUCAGGAACUGUAUGGUGGUGAGAUAAGUGGAAAAGUACUCACCUGUCUGGCUCGUCUCUUCACUGCUUACCUUCAGCUGUAUAGAGGAUUUACUUUAGAUGUUGAAGAUAUUCUAGUGAAGCCCAAGGCAAAUCUGAAGAGGCAGAAAAUCAUUGAAGAGUCAACGCAGUGUGGAGCCAAGGCUGUCCGAAAAGCUUUUAACUUACCAGAGUCUGCCUCGUGUGAUGAAGUUCGGGACAAAUGGCAGAAUGCUCACCUCAGUAAAGAUCCCAAGGACAUGAAUGUGGUGGAUUUGAAAUAUAAGGAAGAAGUGAAUUUAUACAACAACCAAAUUAACAAGGUAUGUAUGCCCCUGGGCCUUCAUAGACGAUUUCCAGACAAUAACUUGCAACUCAUGGUGCAGUCUGGUGCCAAAGGUUCAACUGUUAAUACGAUGCAGAUUUCAUGCCUCCUUGGUCAGAUUGAACUAGAAGGAAAACGUCCUCCGCUGAUGCCAUCUGGGAAAUCAUUGCCCUGUUUCCAACCUUAUGACUUCACUCCACGUUCAGGUGGUUUUGUUACUGGCCGAUUCCUCACUGGUAUUAGUCCUCCGGAAUUUUUCUUUCACUGUAUGGCUGGCAGAGAAGGUCUGGUGGACACAGCUGUAAAGACCAGCCGUUCUGGAUAUCUUCAAAGAUGCAUUAUAAAACAUUUGGAAGGGCUGGUGGUACAAUAUGACCUGACAGUACGAGACAGCGAUGGCAGUGUUGUACAGUUCUUGUACGGGGAAGAUGGUUUGGAUAUUCCAAGAACCCAGUUCCUUCAGCCAGGGCAGUUUCCCUUUAUUGCUGCUAACUAUGAGGGGAUCAAAAAGUCGAAGCACUUGGAAGAGGUUUUAAGCAAACUAGAUUCGCAGGCUGCAAGCAAGUGGCAUAAAGCAAUAAAGAAAUGGAAGACAAAGCAUCCAGAUUCUGUUCCUCGUCUAGGCGCGUUCCUGCUCUAUUCACAGAAGAAGUGGAAUAAGAUAAAGAAUAUGAACCCAGAGGGAGAAUGGGUAAAUACCAGAGAUCCUGCAACUCACCAAUUGCUAGAGAUUUGGAGGUCGCUGGAUGAAAAGAGCAAGUUUAAAUACUUGAAGAAGUCUGCUUGCUGUCCCGACCCUUGUUUGUCAGUUUAUCGGCCAGACAUUUAUUUUGGCUCAGUUUCAGAAAACUUCAGUGAUACUGUGGAUAAAUAUUUCACUGACCAAGAGGGCAAAGAAAUAAGUUGCUACAGCAAGUCGGACCUCCCACUGGAUCGUUUAAAGGAGCUUUUGUGUCUCAAGUGGCAACGUGCUCUAUGUGAGCCAGGAGAGGCUGUUGGGCUCCUUGCUGCGCAAAGUAUCGGAGAGCCAUCAACACAGAUGACACUGAACACUUUCCAUUUUGCUGGCAGAGGAGAGAUGAACGUCACAUUGGGUAUCCCCAGGUUGCGUGAAAUUCUCAUGGUGGCGAGUGCUAACAUUAAAACUCCAAUGAUGAGCAUUCCUGUGUUGAACACAAAGAAAGCAUUGAAGAAGGUUAAAAAACUGAAAAAGCAGCUCACAAGGGUGUGUUUGUCAGAAGUUUUACACAAAAUUGAGGUAAAGGAUUCCUUCCAGGUUCAAAGCAGGCUGGAGAAGUUCAGAAUUUACCAAAUAAAAUUUCAUUUCCUCACUUACAAUCUGUAUCGACAAGAGAAGUGUUUGACACCAGAUGACUUAUUGCACUACAUGGAAACAAGGUUUUUCCAAUUGCUCCUUGAUGGCAUCAAAAAGAAGAGUGCCAAGCUGGGUUCAUUUAAAGUUGUCAAUGUCAGGAAAGCCACACAGAAGGAUCUAGAUCAGGACUCUGGAGAGAAUGAAGGGAAACAGCUGGAGGAUGACCAUGAUGUUCAGGGUGAAGAUGAGUCUCCAAUCAUUGAUGCUGAAGCAGAAGAAGGAGAUGCUGAUGCAACCGAAGCUAAAAGGCGUGAAAAACAGGAGGAGGAGAUUGAUUAUGACAGCGAAGAGGAGGAGGCUGGAGAUAGUGCAGAUGAACCAGAAGAAAAAGAUGAUGAAGAUUUUUCACGUAGCGAGCAAAAUGAAGUCACAGAUCAAAACCUUUUGGAAAAUCCUUGUAAUUUUACUAAAAUCACCAAAGAAAAGAGGAGAAGAAAGCAGGCUGCCACAGAGACUAUGGAUGAGCUGAGAGUGAAAUCAGUGUUGAAUUUACAUUCUGCUAUUGAAGAUUAUAAAUAUGAUGCAGCAGACAGUCUUUGGUGUGAGGUUAACCUCAAGCUUCCCAUUAUGAAAGUGCAUUUUGACCUGUCCUCAUUGGUGAUGUCAAUAGCACAAAAUGCAGUUGUCUGUGAAACUAGAGGAAUCACCCGUUGCCUCUUAAAUGAAACAACCAACAGGAGAGGAAAGAAGGAAUCGGUUUUGAACACAGAGGGAGUAAAUUUCACUGAAAUGUUCAAAUAUGGUGAUACUUUGGACCUCAAUCGCUUGUAUUCAAAUGACAUCCAUGCCUUUGCCAACACAUAUGGUAUUGAAGCUGCUCUAAGAGUCAUAGAGAAAGAAAUAAAAGAUGUUUUUUCUGUAUAUGGCAUUGAAGUGGAUCCUCGCCAUCUUUCUCUUGUGGCAGAUUACAUGUGUUUUGAUGGUUCAUACAAGCCAUUUAAUCGAAUUGGCAUGCAAUCAAGCUGUUCGCCCCUUCAGCAGAUGACCUUUGAAACCAGCUAUAAGUUCUUAAAACAUGCAGCUAUGCUCGGUUCUCAUGAUGAAUUGAAGUCUCCAUCGGCCUGCCUGGUGGUGGGGAAAGUAGUCCGUGGUGGCACUGGCCUUUUUGACCUGAAGCAGCCUCUCAGAUGAACGCUCUUUUCUGAUUUCACAUCUGACUAAGAACUAUUGUUAAAAGUGGACAUCAAUAGAAUAUUUUAAUGUGUGUAUAUUUUGCAUAUUUUUUAAAAUACAGAAUUGAAAGAGACAAAUAAGGAGACAAGUGUCUGUACUACAAGCCUCUCCACAGCAGCAAGUGAUGAACCAGCCCCUACAACUUCAAAUUGCUUUGACCUGCUUCUAAUUGCAGUACAAAAGAGCAGCCAAAUUUUCAUAAAGAGGAAGACGAAAUUUUACUAAAGUCUCACACAAGUUGCAAUUAGAUGUUGGAAUCCAGUCGGAGCAAACUCAAGGAUGUUUACACGUGAUACUACUAGUUGACAGCAUUUACUGUCUUCCUUUGUGGAGAAGUAUGAAUCUCAGUCCUGUGCCCAGGAAUAAUGAAUUAAAUUUCA